AUGGCAUCACCGUCCGACGACAUUCCCUCCAUCACUCCGCCGCAGCCUUACAAGAUCCACUUUGAUCAGGCCGACAUUGACCAGUUUCACCGCAAGGUCCAGGAUGCGCGUCUUCCGGCUGCCCCUCUCUACCCCGGUCUGCCCCUCGACAAGAGGGAUGGAGGAGCCGCUGCUGAAUUCAACCCAAAAGCAUUUCCUACUUUGGAGCGGAUGAAGAACAUGCUGGAAAAGUGGAAGAACAAGGAUUUCAAAGCCAUGGAAGAUGAGCUCAAUCAAUACCCACACUACACUACAAAGGUCGACUGGUGUGAUCAACUUCACUUCCUCCACCAACCCUCCACUCGUCCGAGCGCUAUCCCCCUCCUCCUCUGCCACGGCUGGCCUGGCAGUUUCAAGGAAUUCCUGAGUGUCCUCAAGCCCCUUGCUGAACCAGAAGAUCCAGAUGCCCAAGCCUUUCACGUAGUCGCCCCUUCGAUGCCCGGCUAUACCUUCUCCUCACCGGCUCCCACACCCGAGCUGGGCAAAUUCACUGCCAUCGCCCGGCUGUACGACGGUCUAAUGACCGGCCUCGGCUACACACGCUACGGAGUCCAAGGUGGUGACUGGGGAAGCAUCGUCGCCCGCGAGGUAGCCCGGCGAAGUCGUGCUGAUGGGACGGGGUGUCGUGCGUGCCACCUCAACUUCCUCCCGAUGCUGCCUACCCCGCUCGGAAAGACGGUCAGUGGUGCUCUGCUGGUCAUGCCAGAAUGGGCGACUCUUGCUGUCGGCAAGUACAUGUUCGACGCCGAGUGCUAUCGCGCUCUAGAGAAGUCGCUCUUGUACGUACACCACGGCUCAGUCUACUAUACCGUGCAGGCGAAUCGACCUAGUCAGCUCGGCUUCGGAUGUAUCGACUCUCCCGUUGCAUUGCUGGGUUGGAUGAGCUACUUUACAAUGGGCCUCAAUGUCAAAGAGGACAGUGAAGAGCGUGGUCCCGAUCGACGCAAGGGUGAAAAAGGCGCAAUCGAGACCUUCUUCCCAAAUUACGAGACGCUCAACAUCGAUUGGCUUCUCGACGAGGCAUGGCUCUAUUGGGUCACAUCGAGCAUUGCCACUUCUUUCAGGAGCUAUAGCGACAAUGAACACCUUUUGGAAUUCAUCACAAACUCGAAAUACAAGAUUCACGUGCCCUUUGCCUACUCGGGCUUCCCGGAUGAGAUCAUCGACGCUCCUCUGCGGUGGGUGGGAAAGUACGGAAACGUGAGCGAUUUGCGCUGGUAUGCAAAAGCUCCGACCGGCGGACACAUGGCAGCCGCCGAGCGGCCCGAGCUCUUUGUCAAGCACCUACGCGCCGCCUUUGCCCCUGGAGGAAUCGACGCAGUGAGCACUCCUGGGGGACCCAAGUCGAGCUUUGGACCCAAUGGGGAUAAAGGAGCCAUCUUCACCGAGGGGAGCAUUUGGAGGAAAGGAGGGUUGUGGGAUGAUGAGAGGAGGAAGGGAGAGAGGUGA